AUGAAAGCGUGUCUUCGUUCACGAGAUGGAAGCUGUCUACACCAACUCCGGCACCCAAUCACAACAAUAGGAUGUGAAGGCAGCGCUAGCGAUGUGAUUAUUCAGGUUAGUAACGAUUAGCUAAAUAAUUAUUACGAUCUCUGUUAGUUUUUCAAAAUUAGAAUAAUGUCGAGACAUACCGAUAGAGCAGUGAUAACUUCUAAGGAACUACAACCGUCUUAUUUAUUGACUGAAUCUGUCAGUAUACUUAGGAAAAGUUUCGAAAAAGUAAGCUUCGUUUUCUUCGCUCGUGAAUAACUACACAGGUCACUGAGUCGCAAUUUUAAGCUGCUAAUUAACUUAGUUAAACAGAUAUCGGGUUCGAAAUUGUCUUCAAACAAACUUCCAUAGUAAUUUUUUUUCAAUAGCUGUGAACAACCUCGAUAUACGUGUUAAAUUUUCUCUAGGGUCUUUGAUCACAUUGAAGCGUAGCAUUUGGUUGCUCCGAUUGUUGUUGAAAUACGCCUCGGAUACUAAUUACACACGAUUGGAAACACCACUUAAAUCUUCAACAUCAAUUCACAGUACAGUACUUCUUUCGAGAGCUCUUAUUAAAGAUGGCAAGAAUUUUCAACUUCAAUUCAAUUUAUUUAUUUCCCACGUCAAAAUCUAACCAACCUAGUCCUAACUUGACCAGUUAUUUAGUUUACAUCACAUGAUUCGGUGAAACCUCCUUGAUAUGGACACCAAAGGGACAGAGUCUAUUGUCAUAUUACAGAGGCUGGAAUUUUUCAUUGCACAUAAAAUCUAUUCUCAGGUUAAACUAGAGAAUUUUCUCUGUAUGCUAAUUGCAUGGUUAGGGUCAGGUAUAAUGGAAAAAUUCUGAAAAAAACUACAGUGUUUACUUAACCAGGUUUCACCUAAUAAUAAUAAUAAUAAUGAAACUUUUUUUCGAGGGUAGCACUUAAUAUCUCAUGAUAAUCUACACAUGGCCCUCAGAAAAAAAAUGCAAUAAUCAAUCAAGAAGCUAUGAUUCAUAGGUGAAAAUUUUAAGAUAAAUGAACUAAGGAAUUGCUAAGGAUUGUCCAUUACAAUUUGCAAACUUCAAUUCGCUUAAGUUUGCUUUUGAAAGACGUCAAGGUAGAGUCUUUCAACUACUUGGGAAGUCUGUUCCACAAGCUUGCAGCACUGAACACAAAUGACCGCUGUCCGAUGAUUGUUUAGUUCUGGGCACCUUUAAAUUCCUUUUCCACUGAAUCUUAAAAUUGUCUCUGCCAUGUAGCUAGGCAGCAGACCAUUUAAUGCCUUAAAAAUCAUCUUUGCCUAAAGUUUUCUCACUCACUGUUAAAAUGAGAAAAUGUUAAGAUCGCUAAGUAGACAACAACAACAAUAAUAUUAAUAAUCUGUAAUGAGGGUGUAUUACUCACAAAGGAUUGUUGUGUGAUAAGGAAAUAAAUAUGAAAAUCGGGAAUGUCCAUAUAUCCAUCAUGGCACAAAAGGAGGGGGACAAUUCUGCAAUUGUGAAGAGUGCCAAGCGUACAUUGUUAUAUUUAUUAUUAAGAUUAUGCACCUAUCAAUGUAAAUCCCUUGAGGAGGGAGUGCGGGCAAGGGGCGGGGAUUUGAUGCCUGAGACUAUUCCCCUGUCAGGCUUUUGAUCGUGCGAAGCGACCCCAGGAUCCGGACAUUUGACUUUGACCGACGGAAGCCUGGUAUCAAUUCAGAAGCGGUUACCAAAUCCAUCCCUCAAGGCUUUCUGAAAGUCAUGCUGUUGGAGAAAGGUGUGAAGUUUUCAUUUGUUUUAAUCGCCAUAAUCCGAUACUUUAAACUGUCAUCUAAACAGAUAAUGUCUAUUUUGAGAAAGUUUUUAUCUUCAAGUUCCCAUCUGACUGUAAAACUCAAUUGAAAUCGAAUUCCACCAUGAAAGUCAGAGGAUUUUUUACGGGUCACUAAUCCGACCUGUUCCGACAUGUUGAGCAAAUGUUAUAAAGCAUUUUAUGCUUCAUUAAUAUUAUAAUAGCACGGUCAAUCUUCCUAGAGUGAUUUUGUUGUUCAAAAUAAGAGAUGCUAGUGGAGAGAGAAAAUACUUAAUUACAGUGAGUAAUUUAACGGAGCUUACGUUUAGUAAGGACGUACUUUUGAAAUGUUCUUUUAAUUUGGUUUAUACAUUAUUAUAGUAUUGUUUGUUUAGAUUUUUUCCGCUGGGGUGGGGUUUUUUUGACACUUUUGAUUGACCUUUCGUUUCCCACCCUGGGUAGUUUGAUCAAAAAAUUUUAAAAUUUGUCAAAUCCCCACCCCUUGCCCUCACUCCCCCCCAUGGGGUUUACAUUGAUAUGUGCAUUAGGGUUACACAAGGUGUCAACGUGAUAUUUAAGUUACUUCUUGUCUUAUUAAAGAGAGCUUAGUUCCCUCGUAUUGCUGUCUCUCACAAGUGUUUCAUGGUGUCAGGAAUAUUGUAGCGAACCUACGUGUUUUACUUUUUACUUGCGAUGCGGGGAGGUGAAGGGGCCGGUGCAUUGCCGAAUUCGUCUGCAGAUACGUCAAAUGUUAGGAGUGCUUUGUUUGUUUUACCAUGGCCUCCACCGCUUGAUAUUCAUGAUUCGAACGCAGCAGAAAAGUGGAAGGAGUUUGAGCUGAAGCUUGGAAGAAUUUACUCAAUUGCCAUGAAGUUCAAUCAGGAACUUAAAGCUGUACAAGUUGCAACAUAGCUUUCCGUAGUCGGAGCUGAAGUGCGGAAAGUUUUUGCUAUGUUUUCGGAUUGGGCUAGCGACACCAACCAAAACAAGAUUCAGCCUGUGUUACAAAAUUUUGCAGCGUACUGUCAGCCACUUAAAAAUGUGCCUUUUGAAAGAUAUAAGUUUUAUUCUAGAAUGCAAGAAUCGGGAGAGUCUUACGAUCACUAUCAGACAGCUCUUCGACAGUUAGUGGAAAGGUGCAAGUUCGAAUCAAUUACCCCCAAUCAGAUUUUACGUGACAAGCUCAUGUUUGGAAUUCGCGAUUCAAAGGUUCGUGAGAGGCUUCUUCGUGAGAAGAAUUUGUCGUUGGAGGAAACUGAUGAGAUUUGUCAUUCUCACGAGACCAUGGUACAGCAGAUGAGGGUUCAGUUGGCGAUGCCGGUUUAAGCAUUGUAGAUACUGGAAACGUGAAUGCUGUGUCUAAAAAGCCUAAAAAAGGGAAACGUAGGUGCAGUGGUGGCUCAAGAAAUGCUAACACGUUGAGAAAUUGUUGUGAAUUUUGCGGACGUGAGCAUGACUUAGGGAAGCGUGAGAACUGUCCAGCUUUUGGAAGGACCUGCAAUAAGUGUGACAAGAAAAAUCAUUUUGCGAAGGUAUGUUUUGGAUGUGCGCCAAAGCCCAUGACUCACACGCAUCCUGUGUAUCGAUCGUUUCAAAGAUGAGCUUUCGGACGAAGUUUUUGAGUGGAAGAAAUUGUGGCUGUAAUGUUGGAUGAUUCUCAACUGGUAAUUCCGAAGUUGGAAUCUGGAAAUUAUCUUCAUUUUCAGCCCAAUACCGGAGAUCGGUGCAAUGUUGUUCCUUUGCAUCUAUACAAGAAAGCCACUAACGAUGUUGAUUUGUGCAAUGUGACCCCUGUCAAUAUGGUGAUCAUUUUGUAUGGUGGUACUUCAAUUCCUAUCCUUGGGAAAGUUCAUUUGCGUGUAUGGCGUGGACAUUUCAGAUGCCUGCUUGACUGCAAUUUGGUUGACAGCAAGAAAGUCAGACCUAUUCUUGGCAGGAAAGUGUGCCUGGGAAUGAACAUUAUCCAAUAUCUAGACAAUGACCAGUUAAACCGACCUCAGGAGUUCGAUGGUGAAGUUUAUACACUAGAUGUUCCGGCCAGUUCCCCAGUCUCUGCUGAUCAGCUGAUUAAGAGCUUUCCUCAUGUCUUUGCUGAUGGCAUGGGUGCUCUUGCGGGUGCAUGAAUACCACAUGGUGCUGGAUGAGUUGGCUAGGCCAGUUCAACAUCCUCCUCGCAGAGUUCCAAUUGCGAUCCGUGAACGUCUUAGAGAGACCCUGGAAGAUUUAGAGAAGCGUGAAAUUAUUGCUUGAGUGACAAUGCCAACCGCUUAGAUCAGCUUGAUGGUUGUCGUACCAAAGAAGAAUGGCAAAUUAUGCAUAUGUUUGGAUCCGAUGGAUCUUAAUCGUGCUUUGCAGCGGGAAAACUAUCCCAUGCCUACGAUUGAGGAAAGCUUCCCAUCUUCACGGAGCUUAAGUUUUCACGUCGCUUGAUGUCUCCAACGGGUUCUGGCACGUUGUUCUUGAUGAGGAGUCUUCGUUUUGUACUACGUUUAAUACACCGUUUGGGAGAUACUACUGGAAAAGGAUGCCGUUCGGGAUCAGAUCUUUACCUGAAGUGUUUCAGCGUAAAAUGCAUGAGUUGAUUGAAGGGUUGAGGGGUGUUGAGGUCAUCGCGGAUGAUUUUGUUGUUGUCGGUUAUGGUGAAUCGUGGUAGUCUGCAAUUAAGGAUCAUGACAGGAAUCUUCUAUUGUUUCUUCAGAGAUGUGAUGAGCGCGGAGUUCAUUUGAACAGCGACAAGUUGCAGCUUAGAAGGAAAGAAGUCCCAUUUAUUGGUCAUGUGACCACCAAAAACACCAAAUACCAAAAACCUCCAUGUCCCCCUCCAAAAGCCAUGACAAAAACUUAACUUCUUUUGAAAGAUGUAAUCAAUAAAAUUCCCCGCAUAUUUACAGGGUUACAGUUAACAUUUUAAUGAUAAGUAUUGUUUAAGCUAGUUGCACUAUUCAACAUUUUGACAAAUUGUGAAAGAGGUAGGUUAAGCUAGUUGCAUUGUAAUAUCUAAGAUUUUGGGGACUGGUAAUUAAAGCUAGUUGGUCUAAAAGUUUAGUUUUUACAUAGUGGAUAUGCUUGAUCAUAAAGUGUAACUUUAAGCAGAACUUUCUUGCUCUUUCAUCAAAUUAAUUUUUAAAGUAAAUGGGAGCUACAUUGUAGUAGUUUGGGCCUGGUAAUGUUCAAACCUGGGUUAAGAUACCGCAGGGUUACUGCCAAAAUUUGAUUUUGAAAGUCAAAAUAAUUAUCUGACAACAAUUUUGAACAAAAGAUAAAGGAACCCACUGGCAGAUUAAAAUUUAACCCCACAUUAGUGCUAAAUUAUCAGCCUUCAAGCAACUCAGGGCCCCAGGGGCUAACUGUGUGGUAGUUGAGUUGUCUGAUAUUUGUAUUUUAAUAAUAAAUUAAUAUCUGCAAUAGACAAGUGUUUGUAGGGAGAGGUUACGCUGUAUUAACUGGGCCUUUGAAGUUCAAACUUAUUUUCGAAUACAAAUUUUCUAGACUGAUCUCCAUACAUUUUGUUAAAGAGUUUAAGUCGAGAGAAUUUGAUAAAGGAUCAAAGCAUUUCUCUUUUGUGAUCAUUUUACUAAUUCUCAUAACCUUCUCUUGAUAAUGCACUGAUUUUGUUGGUAAAAGAUUGUUGUUGGUUACUCUUAGUUUUUAUUUAUUAAUAAAUAAUAAUUAUGUAAUUUACAACUUAUUUGUAACUUCCAGGUGCCCAGUUGCUUGCUAUGGAAGGCAAUGAAAUUUACAGUGUAGUUUACCUUUUUCCUUUAUUUUUUAUUAUAGUGUUCUAACGUGGAGCGGCAGCAUGCCGUUAUAGAAUACAAUGAGGCAGAGGGUUGUUUUGUGGUUCAAGAUCUAAACUCAGCUCAUGGUACUUAUGUAAAUGAUUGUCGAGUACAGAAUGCAGCUGUGAGACUUGCCUCCGGUGAUGUGAUAAGGUUUGGAUUUGGUAUCCUUUUAAAAAUGACAACAACAGUAAAAGAAAGUGUGUGGUGAGUGUAGUCCUAAUUAUUGCCCCAAUAUGACUCAGCUGUUGACAGUGACUGACGUUUCGACAACCUUAAGUCAUAGUCAGAGUCGAACUGAGUUGUAUCUUUUCAGUUGAUGAUAUGUGAUAUUUUGCUCAAAUCAUAUACUAGUUAAAUGAAUUUACAGUGCAUACCUUGUAUUUGAUUACGCAACUUCCUUAACAUGCAUACAACUAAACAGGAAAUGCAGGUUUUGAAUUUCUUGUUGAUUCAUCCUCAACACUUCAUUACCCAUCCUUGGGUCUGUCUAAGCCAUGGGAAUCAUACAGACUCCGUGUUCUGUCAUCACCAAUGGCAACAUUACCAUCAGGUGGAGUCACCUCCCUUCCUUAUAUCAACACUGUGACACCAGUGAGUACUGAUGGUUUACCACUGUAUACAAGCACUGAACCAGUCAGUUUGCCUGGGACUGGUGGCUCAGUAUCAGAAGUAAGAGGCCCAUCUGAUCCAAAGGUUAGUAAGUUUUCUGAAUGCCAGUGUGCAAUGAAAGUCAUGUCUGAUAACUUGGGGCUAGUGGAUUUUGUGAUUGGGGCUAGUGAAUUCUGUUCUUAAUUUGCCUGACAGGCAAGUGAAGAUAUUUGGUGAAAUUGAAAUUAAAAGAUGCUGAGGUAGAUUAUUCAAAGAAGAAACCCAGUACUCCCAUUAGGAGUCAAACCUAUGACCUUGUGGUUACUAGUUCAGAUGCUCUACCACUAAGCUACAUGAGACUCAUGGGAGCUAAGGUUACUAAACUGAGUUCAUGUGACAAACAUUCCAUACUGUGUGGACUAGAAUAUUGAUAUGUGAUAGAAAUGUGAUUGCGAAUUCGAGGCCUGGUAUAUAUGGUACAGGUCAAAAUUAAAUUCAGGUAAAAGGUUGAUUUUCAGUUUUCCUUGUCUCCUAACCCUAAUUAUUCAUGCAUUUAGGGCUAGGAGACAAAGAAAAUUGAGAACCAGCCCAGGUUAAAAUUUUAUCCUGAAUUUAAUUUUGACCUAGUUGUAACAAAUAUACUGUCACAAGGUGUUUAUUUACUAAUGACACAAGCAGCUCUGAAAAAAAAUCUGAGUGCUCCCAAGGGGCAAGGAGUAGAAACUAUGAUCUUCUCGUUACUAGACCAUGCUCUAUAAGGGACUCACUAAACUAGGUUCUCCCAUAAGUCUUCUUAACUCUGUGGCAGGAUUUGCUUAUUGUAGUGUGGUUGUUUUUCAGGCUAAUGUUAUGCCGCACCCUCCUCUGAGAUCUCGCCCAACAAGUGCUGGUGCUACCAGGACUCGACCCAGCUCUGCUGGCAGAGAAAGGAUACCUGGUCCUCCUGUUGCUAGAGGUAACUAUCAUCAUCAUUAUCAUCAUUAUUAUCAUCUAGUCUUUUCAGUUGGGAUGCUGUGAAUAAUGAUCUUAUUCCAUGCAUUCCCGUCUGACAUCGUGCUCGCACGCUCUUCCCUGUUAAUUCCGGAUUUUCUUAAGAUCAUUUCGGUGAAUGAACACAGCCACUUAAUUGGUUUCUGUAGAAGAAGGGAUUGAAUGAUUGCCCCCCUAAAACUAUAAUAUACAAUAUUAUAUGAUAGUGCAAAAUACAGGGGAAAGGAGUAACUAAAAAAAUGUUUAAGUGAAGUUGGGCAGCCAAAGAAGAAUAUAUUACAUUUCCAUUAGCAAGAAGGUUAAGGAGAUUAGUCCAAAAGUAAGAAAUGAGAGGAAAUAAGGUUUUCGGGGGGAAUGUUCACCAAAAACGGUACACUGCCCUGUAUACUAUUUAGGAAUAGACUAAUUAAGUUGGUCAUUUUUGAUUGAAAAUGAAUUUCUGAAUAUGACUGGACUAGUCUGGCCAGUCUGCAGUUCUGCUGGAGUUAAAUUACAAAAAUUUGUUUAUUUUGGUCGCUUAUUUGCUUUAUUUGCAGUGGAUUUUCAUGGUUUUAUUUAAGACCAUUUUUAAAAUGAAAUCCUUGGAGCAAUUUUUUGGUAGCUUUUACUACACUCAGACUUAACCAUAUGAAUGCGAGAAUUUUAACAAAAAGACAUAGCAUGGAAUAAGGACAAUUACAUUUAUGCAGUACACUGUAGUAGUAGUAGUGGUAGUGGUAGUGGUAGUAGUAGGGAUAUGAGGGAUAUGAGUGGGGUGAGGGGGGGUGUCUAAAAGUGCUGGAAGUCAGAGCUUGCGUGUAAUAUUUUGCAAUUGAAAAAAGUCUAAAGGGAGGAAACCCUGGGAUGGUACUCCCUUUUAGAAGCCAUAUAGGUAUGUACUGCCUCAAAGGGUAGGGUUAUUGGGCCGUUUCAGUCUGAAAAAGCGUAUAGACUUUGUAGACUUUGGUCUGGAACCAGGAAUGGUUUUCAAGGGAACUACGGGAGGGUAUAAAUGUAUUUGUCAUUUUAAUUCCAAAUGAACAAGAAAGCAGGAUAACAUGCGAAUUUGAAAUGGAUUUUAAACAAAUGUAAGUAAUUAAUUUUUAGGUCUGAAAACAGGUGUGGGUAAUGAAAGUUUUUGUCUGAAAUAAGAUCAGGAGUUUGAGAACCGGGUGGCACAUCCCCACCAAGAUUUCCCAGAAAUACCCCACUGGGGGAGGAAGGCAAGAAAAAAGGGGCAGGGGCCAGUAAUGCAAGGUAUGAGAGGUAGGAAGUUAAGCACCCUCUCUUGUCCCCCCUGAUAAUAAUGCUGAGACUUUCAUGUUUAUUGUCUCCUGAAUUUACAGGUGGAUGGAUUAAUGGUCCAGUGCAGAUAACAGGGGAGCAAAGCAUUCAAGAUCUGGUAAGCUUCUUUGAACUCCACCUUCUAGGGGGGUUGAUGGUAUGUAAGCUGGGGAGCCAAGCUCGGCGGGGUGCACUCCCAAUGAUUGCCUAUAAAGGGAGGCUCCUUGUGAUAGGGGUAUCUUUUUCAGCCAUCAGGUAAAUGAAAGGGUAGGGAUUUCACUCGUUGAUGUGUAUUAAAGGGUAGGGAAAUCUGUCAUUUGGGUCUGUAAAAGGGCCCAAAAGAUCCAACCGAUGAAUUUUAUGCCUUUAUAAAGUCGAGAAAACGUUCUGUUCUGUUUUUGACCUUGAAAUUUAUCCUUUUUUACAUCGUGUACGAUUCUCAAUUUUAGUGUAAAAUAUUAAAUCACCCUUGCGAAAUGAAUUCCCAGCUUUCUGGGAAUUCCUAGGAAUUCCCAAAAAUUCCCAACUAUGCAAAUCAGCCUUCAUCAAAUAAGCUUGGAAUUCUUGAGAAUUUUUGGGAAUGGCAAGUUAGGUCUCACUCUAGGCUUGGAAUUUUUGCAAUUUUAGAAGCUUAAGAAUUGUUGAGAAUUUCUGGGAAUAGAAAAAUUCAGGCCAACUGGGCUUGGAAUUCCUGGGAAUUCCUAGGAAUUCUAAGUUAUGCAAAUUAGGAAUUCAGCUCAGGGAUGUUUAAAAGUCCGAAAGACUUUAAAAAUUGUCGAAGAUUUCGUAGUCUUUUCUUAUUUAUUCACAUUUUAAUUUUAAGUGAUUGUACUGAAACAAUUCUAAACUUAUAAUACAGAACAUACUGGUAAUGUAUACUGUACAGUACCGCAAAUGAUCCCCAACCGCAAAUGAUCCCGAGACCGCAAAUGAUCCCCAAAAUGGACCGCAAAUGAUCCUCGACCGCAAGUGAUCUCCAAAGUCGACCGCAAAUGAUCCCGUAAGAAAAAUAAGAAUGACUUGGACUCAAGUUGGCGGAUCAUCGUGUCGAUUUUAUUAUUAUUACCAAAACGUCAGAUUAAAAGCUAAAUUUUACUUCUCAAAUAAAUCUAUGAAUAAAAACUAAAUGAAAAAAAAAUCAUUUAUGUGUAAAAACGAAGUUGGUAGGCAACACACGACUUUUACCUCAUGCUAAAAUGCUGCUUGUUCCAAUGAAUUUUUUCCGGAUCUGGCGGGUAGAUUAUACCUCGGAGCAAAACGUUUUGACUGAGCAAAUGUAAUUUUUGCUGCUUAUUUCAUACUGAGAGGUCAUGACACGCAUUUUCUGCGGUUAUUGUUGUUUCUGGUCAGCAUGAUUUGCUCUUUGAUGCAAGAGCAUUUCCUUUGACCUCUUUUGAAAUGCAGUGCCCUUCAUUGCCGCUAAUUAAGGGUUUUAGGUUGUUUAUUUUUUUCCAAAGUGCCUCCUGGAUCCGAAUAAUUAUAAGCGGUUUUCUUUCUUGUCCGUGAAUAUGACAGUUUCUUACGAUGUUUUGUCACGCGGUAACUAUCGCUUACCUCACUUUUGCGUUUCUCAUUACCAGGUUUAGAUUCCUGGUAACUGUCUCCAGCAAAGGCAAAACAAAUGAAUAUACAUAAAAGCGUCAAUAUAACUAUUCGCAACAUGUUCAUGAGUUGUAAGAAAGUUGCAAUUUGGAAAUAAACAGAAACCUGUGGACAUUGAUAAGUUCGGGGGCAUUUUGACUUGUGUUUGUGUUAAAUCAUGUCUUGUUUCGUAACGGUCACCUAAGUUACGAACAAAUGUCUUGCUGUUUAUCACGUAAAAUUAACACUUCAGAGAAAAAUCAAAAUUAAAUAUUCUGAAAAUUAAUUUCACACUUUCAAAAAGAUCAGUAAAGUCAAUGAAGAUCUUGUUAUGUAGAGGGUGCCCGGCUUUGUAUUCCUCAGCUUCUAGGCGUUAAAAUAAUACAGUCUUUCUGCGUAACGUCCUGCCUGUCUUAAAUUUUUCAGCGACGAAACAUUCUUGAAAGAAAAUUGAAAUUGAGGUAAGGUAAGCGGUAGUUAUUGCAUGACAAAACAUCGUAGGAAACCGUCACAUUCAUGGACGAAAAAGAAAACCGCCUAUAAUUAUUCGGAUCCGGGAUUUUAGCAUGAGGUAAAAGUCCUCUGUUGCCUACCGACUUCGUUUUUACACUUGAAUGAUUUUCUUUUUUCAUUUAGUUUUUAUUCAUAGAUUUAUUUGAGAAGUAAAAUUUAGCUUUUAAUCUGUCGUUUUGUAAUAACAAUAAAAUCGACACGAUGAUCCGCCAACUCUUGAGUCCAAGUCAUUCCUAUUUUUCUUUCGGGAUCAUUUGCGGUCGACUUUGGGAAUCACUUGCGGUCGAGGAUCAUUUGCGGUCCAUUUUGGGGAUCAUUUGCGGUCUCGGGAUCAUUUGCGGUUGGGGAUCAUUUGCGGUACUGUACAAUACUUCUAUACUUACAUUUUUAUAUUCAACCCAAUUUUUUUACCUAAUCUGGUAAUGCUGACAUGUGGCGAAUGCUGUUCACAAACCUCCAACCAGUAUUUAAAUUAAGAUAACAAUUUAACUUAUCUAAAUUACAUUAUUACAGCAUAUUACAGCAAUAAAUAUUUAAAGCUGUUACAUGUCCAGUACACUUUCAGUGCAAAAUGUUGUCUGAAAUGAGAAGUCUCGUUUUUAAAAAUAUGAAGUGCAUAUCCAGUCUGAAAUGUACGUUGUUUAUCCACGUACUCCACGGAAAUUAGGCAAACGCACAAGACAUGGGCUGUCUUGAUUCCCUUCAACCCUUGCAUCAGGAGUGCAGUCAAAAGCAUGGCAAGCCCGGCCAAGCCCGGAACAACGGCCACAACACGUUUUUCAUCGCAGUUCUUUGAUAAUGUGGUCCAACAUUUCUUUCCCAACUUAAAAGAACAACGUUAAGUUUACCUCUUGCUUUUAACACUUCAAAUGCGUUGCUUCAUCUUAAUUAACGUUGAAAAUAACUGCUAUUUCGACCCAAACGGGAGCACGUCGCAAGAUUAGCCGCCAUGUUUUCUUGUUUCCCAGGCUUCCACGCGUGCCUUUGGCACAUGCGCGAUUUGAUUUACUUUGUCACGUGCGACUUUUGAACCAAUAGAAAAGUGUGAAAUGAACUUCCGUUGAAUAGUUCAAAUUCACGCGGACUUCACAAGCAACAAAGUAUUUUCGUAAGAGUGUCUUUCUAUUAUCCAUGUUAUUUUCGAGACAAAUUGAUCAAUUGCGGAGUUUGUGUUCACAUAAAGCAUGUUUGCAAGUGAGUUUACUCAGCUGGAUUAAUGUGGAAAGGUAUGUUUUGUAAUAACUUUGCGUAAAUAAGCUUAUAAAGUUCAAAGAUGCAUGCAAAGAUAUAUGCCAUUGAUCGGAUCUCUUUUUGCUGCUUUUUGUUUACUGCAGAUCGAAAUAACUGUACUCUUUGUUGCAAAUAGUCAGUGGAAUACUCUGAAAACUGUAUGUUCUGGCGCUACAAGGUUAUAGCAGACUUGUCAAGACCAAUGUUAGAUAAAAUAGGAGAAGAAAUAGCAUAAUAAGUAUAAGUUUCCAAUGGCUACUUAUACAAGUUAGAAGCAAUGUAAUUUCCAGUUAAUUUAUAAGGACUUGAGACUUGAACUUACAUAUAAAAUAUUAGAAUACAGCCGGUAGGUUUGUUCAUUUGAACUCUAAUUCAUAGUAUAAGUUGCAUAUAAGGUUUUAUAUAAAUGCUUCUGGUACAUGUAAUCUUAAUAAUCGCUGCAAUAGUGAGGUCAAAAACAACUAGCACUAGCACUUGCCUGAUGUGUGGACCUUCAGUUCAGAAGGCUGCAUCGGCAACAUUGGAAAAAGCAGUCAUUUAGCUUUUUUUUAUAUUCAUGCACUGUAUUAAUUAUUCGAAGAUGUUUAUUUACAUGCAUGUAUGUGGAAUGUGGUGAUGUGUAUGUUGGGUAAAAUAAAUUACAAAAAAAGAGAAUGCUGUUCAGCUGAUAUUGUCAUUUUGAUUAAAAAAAAACACUAUCUAGAGAUUCCACCAACAGGGUAUGUUUUUAUAUUUUUUUUCAAUCAUGACUAGGUAUAUGUUACUUUACAUUAUCUCACUAUCUAGAGAUUCCACCUGAACAGGUUAUGUUUUACAUUUUUUUUUCAAUCAUGACUAUAACGAUAGUUUACUUUACACUACAUGUAUAUCUAUGUGUAAGUAUAUCUAUAUCUAAGUUUAUUCAUAUGUAUAUAAGGACUACAGUCAUUAUACUGAAUUAUUUGGUUCCUACUUCACAAAAAGUCAUUGUCUUAAAUUUGAUUUUUUGAGGUCACUUUUGUAAUUUUUGGAACAUUUAAACGAUCAGUGCAGUGAAAUUUUUAAGUCAAGUUAAAGCAGAAGAAGUAUUUUUUGUUAACAUGGAGAGCUAUUUUUUAGUCAUUGCUGGAAUAAACAUUGUUUCAGUUUUUGUACAUUUGCCUUAUGGAUUUCUGGUUCGGAGAGCAAAAUAGCAACUUCUAGUACUAACUUCCUUAACAUAAGGGUUUAAAUGCAAAUCAGUUUUUGAUUCGAAUAUCCCUUAAUUCCGGCAGCAGGUCGAUUUGUUACAUCCCUAUUGACCUAGCUAUUCCAAGCUAUUCCUAGGAAUUCCUAAGAAGUAAUCAUUCUGUUUAUAUUCUUUCAAUUCCUAGGAAUUCCUAAGAAUUCCUAGGAAUAUUUUCCAAGCCAACUCAGAUGGGUGAGCAAAGCUUGGAAUUCCUAGGAAUUCUUAGGAAUUCCAUGUUCCAAUUACCGUGAAAUUUCACACCUUGAUUCCUAGGAAUUCCUAAGAAUUCCUAAGAAUUCCUAAGAAUAAAUUCUUAGCAAUUCUUAGGAAAAUCCUAGGAAUUCCUAGGAAUUCUCAAUUCCAUUUCGCAAGGGCGAAUUUUGUCUGCUUACUUUUCCGACCAAAUACCCUCAGAAAUUGUUGUGUCACACUUUCCAAAUCUUAUCCUUAUCUUGCCUAUCUUGUGUCACAGUUUGUUUUGUUUUUGUUUUUAUUUUUAUUUUCUCCAGGAGGAGCGUCUGUUACGCAUGGGUGAUGAACUCAGCCGACUAGCUUCAUACGAAGCAGAGUGUCAUCGUAAAGAUGGCGUCAUUGCAGCUCUGAGAGAUGAGGUUGUUCAUCUGAAAGGAGCUCUGCAGUCAAGUGGCAGUUUCAGGUACACUUGCUCUUUUUAAUGUCCACUUAAGACAGCGGUUAGCUUGUUCCAGGCUCCGAGAUGGUUGGGUCCGUGAGAAAGCGCGAAUGCGAAAAUCAAACGGGAGGUAACCUCCUUUUUCCAUAUCAUGCGCUCAUCAUUUUCGUGCGCCUUUCACUUACGCGUCAUCCCUACCAUCUGAUAGUGCAAUGAUCUGAGAGCCUGGAACAGGCUAGACAGUGAGUGAUCCACCUUCAUGAUGAAGGUUUUUCUUUAAUGAAAAACAAGCCCGUUUGCGGUUUUUAAUAAAGAUUUUAUUGCAAUUUGUUCUGAAUAACCUUUAAAAAUUUGUUGAAAACGUAGAUCAGAAACUAUGGUCGUGUAAUCUUGUCGGGUUGAAAGUGGUUCUUUGCAGUCAAUGAAGUAACUAACAACUGAUACAACUUGGCAAUAAAAAAGACCAAAACCAGGUAACGUCGCUUUUGUCGAAUUGGUAUCCGCAUUUGACAUUCAGUGACGCAUACCUUAAUGACACAUCUUUUGUUUCUAAUUCUGGUGUGUCGUUCUAGUCACCAAUAAAGUGACUGGUUUUGAGCAAAAUACAAAUUGCCUUUUGGAGUCCUUUUUUAAACAUGUUUCACCUAUAUUGAAACGCGGUUUCUAUUAUAACAGGAGACUCUCUUCCUACCACACUGACUACUGCCUGUGUACGGUCGCUAGAUUCCAGAAUUAUUCUCUUUUGAUUUGAGCCAUGACUCGGCAAAAAAUGGUUAAUUCUGAGGUCACUAACAAAGCAACAUGAAACUCCUAAGUCAUGAAAUAGCAUGUAGAAGUGAUGCAAGGGACUCCUUAACGGAAAUGAAUCGGGUAAUUGCUGUCUCGCUUAGGGUUGGAAAUUGCAGAUUUUCAGCUUUCACGUAGGAUGCGAAAGACGGAAAGAAUGACAUUUAAUAUUCAUUCUUGUAAAGGUGUUGCUCAGGUUGGUGAGCAAAGAAGCACCUGCAUAAAAAAUCUAAAACUCCGUCAGACUGUGUUGGAUCGAGUAUGGUCUUCUUUAGGGAUGCAACAAAGCAUAAGCCACUUUAAAGGAGCUGAGCAACAAAAUUUAUUCCACCAAAUUGAGUGAAACAUUAAAGAUUACCCCUCAAAACAUUAAAAGAAGGUACAAGUAACAAGGCAAAUGUAAAAGAAGGCUCGGAUGGACAAAGUUUAAGAAGAUUGAAACGGAUUGCAAUUCUGGGUUUUUAAAACUAAUUAGCCUUACAGUUAUUUAAAGUUGUUUGCAACGUUUGAUAUAAUGCUUAGAGUGCAUAAUGUUUGACAAGAAAUUGUAAGUUUGUCAUUCACAAGUGAUUUCUUUGCUAACGUUAAGUUUCAUAGCGCAUUAACACAAUGAACUAGAGUCUCCUCUCCUUAAGAAAACCCAGUGAAAAAAAACAACUCGUCAGGUUUAUCAAACGUUUUGGUACGUUUGUAGCCGCCCACGGCUUACUGCACGACAACAACGUGACAUUCUCUAAUGCAACGUUUUAUGGGGUGUUAAACCGUAAGCUGAACAUUCGUUAAGGAAUUCUACUCUUGGUAAAGUCACCUGCAUUUGACAUAUUGAACAAUUUGGAAAAAUCCGGUGACAAUUCGAUGUUUGAAAGGGUGCGAAAAUCGUGUUAUUGGUAACUCUUUUCUACUGUCGCCUUUGUGAUUGCUAAGCGAUUGCAAAGCCGCUUGUGAUCACUUUAAACAAUCAAAAUGCUGUUUGAAAUCAUUUCACGACCAUUAUGUGAUGCUUUCUAUUUUUACUAUUAUCAGAGUUGGAGAGGAUUCAGCGUUUUCUAAUGCAAGCAUAAUUCAUCAGCUUCGUGAGCAAGUAUCGCAGUUGCAAGCGAUUGUACAAGAGAAGGAAGAAAACGAGAAGGCAGCAGCGCAGAAACUAGCGAUGUACCAGAAUCAACUGCACGCCAAAAACAAUGAAGUUGCUACUUUAAAGGACCAAUUACAGGCACAGGUUUGUCCUAAAUAUUGCCAGUGGAGAUACUUUCCAUGAUGCCUAUACUGGAAGGCCCCGCCCAAAAGGGGUACCUUUUUCAGGCUUCGGGUAUAUGUACCAGAGUAAGGAUUUCGUGAGUUGAAGUAUAUGAAAGGGUAGGGAAAAUCGUCUUUUUUAUAGGUGUUCAGAAGGGGCUUUAACUUGAAUAUUUCGAGCCGACGCAUCUUACGGCCUUAUCAAUUUAAUUUAUUAAACGCUACGCAAGAAGACUAACUGAUAGUAGGUAUGAGAUAGGGGUACCAUUUGUAAAUGAAAGGUAUACGAAAAGGACUACCUUUUCUGCCAAAAAUGGUAUAUUAAAAGGUAACAGUUUGGACAAGGCCUUUACCUAUGAAACGUUGUUGAAUCCUGAUUAUAUGAGCUUUGCUUCUACAAUUAUGAAAGGGGUUUUGAGGGUGUUUCAACUAGCCGGCCGUAAGCAAGAUCAGAGUUGUUAUUAUGAUUAAUGAACAUCGUACUUGUUCUCAAUGAGAGAUGGCAAAAGCACGGUAGAAGAGUAUUAAUUAUAGCCGAAGUGUGAUGAAACAGGGAAUGAUUACAAGCAGAAUAUUUUCAAUCUGCGUGUUGCUUCAUGUGCUUCAAGCGCUGGUAACCGGAAUUUUACUUUAGUUACUAUGAAAAACUACACAGAAAGUAGGCUUACUGCAGUAAAUUGAAGGGAAGAAUUUUUCAAGGCUUUUUUUUUUUCAAUGAAGUAGGAAGGAUUAGCACAGUUGGUUAGUACGCGGCCUUCUGGGCGGGAGGUCCUGAGUACGAUUCCCAGGUGUGACCUCAAAUCCUUCUAUCGACUUCUUGAGUCCCCUUUCCGUGUAGCUUUAAGGUGAUUCCCUGGUUUUGCAUUGCGCAUCUCUUACUGCUCAUAACAAGAUGGCCUCCGUAAAAAAGAGCAUGUGAAGUAACAUUAUUAAAAUGAAGUUGGCCGAAGAGAAACGCUAUUGCAAUUUUUGCUUGCGGUUGUUUCUUGCCGAGGUGAGACUCAAUGUGGUGGGAAUGUGCAUAACGUAAGCAGUACGCGUGUUGCUGAGUUCGACUUCCUCACGGAGAACCUCGAUAGCGGAUUUUUAAUUUGUGCUUAUUCACUUUGAUUGUCAUUUAAACGCUUUCUUUAUCACAUUGCAGGGCUGCAAAUAACGGACAGCAGGUUGCCGGUCAUGAUGACCGGCCAAAUAUUUUUUAGCCCGGACAAACCCCGAUUCUGGCCGGUCAAAUAAUGAAUACUAAUAAUUUUUUUUGCCUAAGGAAUAUCCAGUUAUGCUGGCAAUAGAUCAUUAUUACUACAUUGACGUUCACAUUUUUGACAGCAAAUUGGUGAAAAAUGCAUUCGCACGUUGUAGAGUUCCCUUCCGCGGUUUUCGCGCGUUUUAAUGUUACGUUCUACCUUGAGUAUCAUUGUACGGCGGUGUCUGAAGUCUCUAGAGGUAAAAAGUGAAGCGUAAAUCCUUUUCAAACUCCCAAGGUUCAGGAAACGGAAUACACAUACAGUUCAGCAAACUUUAGAAAUUACGAAAAAAAAAAAACAAUUGGGUUAUUUUACAAAAUCUGCACACGCUUGUUUUACGUUGAUGUUCCGAAAUGAACAUCGGUGAAACUUGAUCUUUUUCCUUGCCUGGCACGUGAUCGAAAGUCACUUCCUCAGAGAAGAAUCGUCGCUGAUAUUUUCGGCAAAGAAGUUGAUUUGCAUUGGCGAGAAGUUUGUUCCGCAAACAGCGUGUUGAUGAUCAGAAGUCAAUAAAUAAAUUUGGGGUCAUCGCGCAACAUUUUAUCGCGAAGGGCUCAAAUGUCAACAGAAAUUUGCAUAAAGUUGUUUACCAGAGCGAGAAUCUAGCGCCGCGAUAGACAACGACCUUCCCUCUUGAGUAGCUUAAAUUUUUAUCAGACCAUUCUGGAAUCGAGUCUGCAAACGAGAUUCAUGUUCGACAUAACAGAAAUUAUUAUUAAUCGAUGCGCUAACAUUUAUUCCCGGAGAAACACAGGACGACCUGUUGAGAAUUGCGAUCGAUUUGUCUGAAUUCCUUCGAAUUCCCAAAGAAGGUCACAUUGCUGAUUACAGCAAAGCCGAAAGUACAGUACGACUUGCAACGUUGCGUUACUUUCCAACUCAGUUUGUUAUUCACUUUGUUGCGUUAGAUUACGACAUGACGACAUGAAAUUAAUUUAUUGCGGCGUUCUUUUUCUUAGAAGGGUUUAGUGCAAAGCAGCAAAAAACGCCAAAGAAAAAAGAAAUCAUUGCAGCGUUAUAGAGCAUUAAGCGACAAUUGUAUGGAAAAUAAAGUGUUUGUAUCCAAAAAUGACCGGUCAAAAUGACCGGCAAGACCGAAGUUUGGCCGGUCAAGUCCGCGAUCAGGCCGGACAUUGUCCGUUGACCGGCCGUUAUUUGCAGCCCUGCAUUGUGUCCUAAAUGUGAUAUCUCGAUGUCAAUUCUGUAAAAACGGAUUUUUUAAUACUUUCCUCCCCCUUUCACAUACAUUCUAUUUCGAAACUCGCCCCCGUCCUCUCUCAAAAAUCAAGGAAAAUGCAUUUGGUGCGCACUUUCGGCAGCUCUACCGCAAAACGAGUACGGUGACCCCCAUUUUUUAUUUCAUGAUUUUAAUAAGGACAGUGCUUCCUUUCGGUGAGAAAAAAAUUGGCACAAAUCUAUAUUCAGUUUUUUGGCAAUUUUACUAAAUUGUACGGAUUGAGCUAUCACGGGUCGAAUAGCGCGUGUCCAAUUUAAUUCUACUUUGGAACGUAAAGUAAAAACAAGGGCAUUAAAAGGCAUUUUUAUGGUACGUAAGUGGAUAAACAAUACAUUAAAGUCAAAUUCUGUGCGAUACCUCAUGCAUCAUUGAAAAAAUCUUUCCUUUUUGUCUAGUUUUGGGCUGCGUGCGGUUUUUGUCAAAUGGUCCAAAAUAGCCGUAUUUGUCAGCAUUGUGACGUCAAAACGAGCACGGUGACCCCCACUUUUUAUUACUUUUUUAUCAUAUUCUUCACUUGUUACAUCAGUGUACCAAGUUUCAUCUACAAUCUAUGUUAGGUUCUUUUACUAGGGAAUCACCUUAAGUAGCUUUAAAUACGCGUAAAACGUAUCACUGAUGGAGAGAGGGCGGAUAAAACGAGCGCACCGUCGGCCUCAGAUUUGUUAGGGUCAAUUUCCACUGUCGUGUAAUUUUUAUCUUGCGAACGCGCGUAAAUAAAAUAGAGACAAUGUGUGGAAGGUCACGCCUAAACGUAAAAGUUGAUCUUUGCUCAACUUUCACGUUUACGCGUUGCCUUUCAUACAUUAGGGCCGUUUAUACGAGAGAAAACAAGCCGCGGCUUACUUUGGCCCCUGGUUAAAUAAUCCGCGAACACCCCGUAUGAAUGGUACAAAAUCUACGCUCACGGCUUAUUCAACCCACGGCUACUUCAAGCCGCGUCUUAUCCUGGCCGAGGAGUUUUGGGUUGGGCUUAUCCAAGCCGCGGCUUACCUUGGACGUGAAAGUGUUCGUAUAAACGGCAGUAAAACGUUGUCCGCGGCCUGCUGAAGCCGUGAACGAUUGCUGCGCAUGCUCUGUUUUCAAUUAUAUCCCAGACCUUCACGGCUGAGAGACGCGCGCUGCAGUGGCGGGAAAGUGACCUGCUGCACGAGAAAACUCAAAAUUUUGUCUAAACAACACCUCAUCCAUAUGCAUCCCUGGAACAUCUCUUUCAAACCACUCGAUUGAUCGCUGACGAACUUUUCGUCGAGGUUUCCGACAAGUUUCGCAACAGCGCAACGCUAAUCUUGAGCGAAAAGUGAAUUUGAAAGAAUGUAAAAUAAGGCGAUUUUUUAGACCAAAGCCAAUCGUUUCGCUUUUCGCAAAUUACGCUAGGCACCUAAACAAACUACGUCAUCAUUGGACCGGUCUGGCCGCGAACUAAGCCGUGAACCAUUUAUACCAGCAGUUCGCGUCUUAUGUAAGCUGUACUCGUAUAAAUGGUUCCUUUCGCGGCUUAUGUAAGCCUCGGCCCGAGUAAGCCGCGACUUAUUUUCUCUCGUAUAAACGGCCCUAUAUAUGUCUUUAUUAUAUACAUACUCUCACCAAAAAGCUAUGUCGUAAAUUUUCGUACGCAAAUUAGUUCUAGCCAAUCAGAGGAGCGAACGAUGGUUUUCACACGUGAAAAAAGCGAUACGUCCAAUCAGAAUCGCGAACGAUGUUUUUUCACGUGUGAGAAAAAUGAUACGUCCAAUCAGAAGCCACAGAGGUGUGCGAGUUUCGCGUCAAAAUUCCCGCCUUUUAUUGCAGCUUGCAGCGCCGCUUCGCACACAUUCAACGAGAAAAGUUUUACUCAAGGAGUUUUUCUCGCUAAAAAAGUGAAAAACAUUUCGGAAAUGGAGUGGAAUAGUUUCGUUUGUUUCACUGUCGAUAAAAAAAUACGGUAGAGAGCCGGCGAAACAACAGCGGAAAGGGAUAAACAGAACGAGACGUAAGCUUUUGUUGUGCUUUUUGUCGGAGCUACUUUGCCUUUCAUUUAAGCUUAAGCUUAUAUUGAAACCAGCCAUUUUACUUAAAUUCACUCAUUUUCAAUUGUGCAUUGAGAACAAACAGUUAAGAUUACUUAUAGUUCUUGGAUUACCUCAUAUCCUCACCGUCAUUUAUGUUUUUAACAAACGUUUUUACUAAAAAGCUGAUACUUCGUUUUCGUUGUCACUUUGCGGUAAGUGUGUAGCGGCAAAUUUUAGCAUUUUUGAAAGAUGUAAAAUAAAAAGGCCCGCAAAAUGAUGAAUGACUCAGUAUGUAUAUAAUAAACACAAUACCACAUGGAAAGUGCUUUGUACGGUAUUUACGCACUCGUUGUUUUUGUAUCAGAAAUCUUACUCGUUCGCUGCGCUCACUCGUUCGAUUUCUGAUACGUCAACAACUCGUGCGUAAAUACCGUACGCCAGCACUUUCCAUGAAGUAUUCUCUAUUUAUUUCAUUUACGGGCGGAAAUUUUACGUGCGUUCACACGGAAACAUUACGCAACAGUGGAAAUCAACCCUUAGUCAAAUGACUAUUUCGAGCUACCGACAUAAAAUAAGGACUCUUUACCUUUACCUGUUACUGUUUAUUGGGGCGCUUGUUUAUGUAUUUUGAUUUCCUGAAGCAAGUUUUCCUCGACAACUUGGAAAACGUUCUAUUUUAAAUAGAGUUUCACGGUAAAAGCUUAUGGAAGUGGGAUAUUUUUGGUUAUUAUUCACAGUCUAAGGCUUCCGCUUGGGUUAAAACGGACCCAAACGCAACCACAAACAAGAUCGCAUCGUUACGCACUGACAUCGCUGAGAAGGAGCGAAGAAUUGCUCAACUAUCCAACGAAAAUGAAAAGCUAAACAAGCAAAAAAUGCAGUCCACGACACUGCUGAACGGGUUACAGAGAGAAAACUCUGCAAAGGACGCCUUAGUGCAUCAGGCGAAGAGAGAGAUUGAAAAACUUAAGAAGGAACUACGUGAAAAGGAUUCAACAAUUUCCACCAUGUCGACGAAGGUUAGAUAUAAUACACAAAGCUAAUGUUGCCUUAACCUCAAAGAUAAUUUUAAUCGUAGCCUGCGAGUACAGCUGUCUCUUAACACUCCCCCUUCGUUGGGAAGUUUCGAGAGGCGCCCUCCGCUACGUGGAGAAGCCACUAGCAGACUCUCCAUUUCUGGAGGGAACGAAGCCAGCCUCGAGGGACUCGCGACUCCACCAAAUGGCCAUGGAGAGCUUGUUCGCAGGCUACGACGAGAAACGAUUACUUUUUCUGCGUUACACGUUCGGCUGUAUCGAGGGUUCCCAAUAGGUUUUUCGGGAUCCGGGAUCCGGGAUUUUCCUUGUUUGUAGCCGGGAUUCGGAAUUAUGGGGCUGAGAUGUGCACCGGAUGCUAGUCUCCCUCUCAGCCAUUUUAGUGUCGUCACGCAACGCUCCUAGUGUAGGCAAAAUCCUUUCUCAAGUUCAACCGUAAAAGUUAAUGCAAAGAUAUGUGGUGAUUUGAGUUCGAAUAGACGCUUUUAAACUGCCAACAGCUGAAACUUUAUAAAAACAGCCUUCGAGCAAGCUUUCUAUUUUGUGUGGCGAGCCCUCGUUUCUUUCUUCAACCUACUCUCUCGUGUCUCCUGUCGUGUGUCGCUUGCAUGUGGCUUCAAACAAUGUAACUCGACUGAAAAGCUUGCUCGCAUGCAGAGUAACACAGAAGAGUCACUUGUACAAUCAUUCGACUACAUGUUUAGGGAGUUUUAGUAGAGGCGUUUUAAGCGACGCACGUCGAUCGGAAGUCAGGCCGUUUCCCUGUUAAUGCCCUGACGCCACCAGAUUUGUAUUGCUAAGUGUUAUAACUCUUAUAGAGACGAUCAUUUGCCCUAAAAUUUGGGCGAGGCCACUAGCCAAAAGGCAAAAACGCUACUUCCAGUUGACGUGCAUCGUUUCAAAGUGUCUUUUCUUAAGCUCACUAUUGAACCGUUGGAACUAAAGCUACAAGGCAGCUUAAGCAACUACGACGGCGACGGCUACGAAAACAUCACUUAAAAAGUGAAUUCGCGUGGCUUUAAACUUUAUCGCGCUUAUUCCAUCUCAUUCAAUUCGUCAAAUAUUGACAAAUUUUCCAAGAGUUGAACUCUAAAAGACUGUAUCGAAGUUCAGAGAAAGAAAAAGAAGGUCGUUGUCUUGUGUUCACGUCCUCCACAAAAUGUGAAAUCAGGAAGUUUGACGUCGUAGUCGUGCAGUGACGGCAAAGAAAUGUACAAAAAAGCGUGAUGCACGUGCAAAGUUGUUGUUUUUCUUGUCAUGUCUAAACCAAUUGCUUUUUUGCCGUUCUCGUUGACGUCGCCGUCGUCGUUGCUUAAGCUCCCUUAUAUGUCACUAAAAACGACAACGUUCAAACUGUCAAAGUACCCAAUCUCCUUUUAACAUCCUGUAUAGUAUUUUUCACUUAAGGGUUAAUCAGGGGCACCCAACGACAGUUUGCUCCUAAAUACAUUGAAAACACUUUUUAGGCUAUCCAGAGUACUUUAAGAUAUCUAGAAAAGCAUUCUAAGCGGCGUUGUAAAAUUUGUGUCUGUUAGGUCAUCCUAGGGGAACUUGAGUCUUUUCGAAAUUACAAGGACUUGAGUAUUAUUUUCCCGAAAAUUUGAGAUGAAAUUUGACGUAUUACGAAAGUGAAACAUUUUCUUGGGAAGUAAAAUGCGAAAACUAAUCUUCAGAAAAUCUUAGAGAAUUUACACGAUAAGCUUCGAAAAUUAUUCAUGAAUGGAACGGUCAUCCAGAAAUUUUUAGCCGUCGUCAAGUAACUGAUAGAAAAUUCUCGGGAAUAGUUGCUUUUCCGAACAGAUAUUUUAAAGAAAACAGUCGUUGGGUGCCCCUGAGUUAAUAAAUAUGUACAAACUGUAUGUAACGUUCAAGCUUUCUUCCUAUUAUUUUCAGCUGGGAAGGCAGAAGGCCGCUAAAGAAGUGGAGAAAGAGGCACAAAAAUUAGAACAAGAGCUUUAUGCAACAAAAGGGGUAAGAAUAGAGGGAUCAGUUAUAAAGGUCUUCCCAUCUGAAACAUCACCUUUUUCAUUUUAGAGUUCUAGGUUUAGCACCUUGUAAUCGGUCUGAUAAUUAGUAAACAGCCAGUACAUAGGUACAGUUUCUAUCGUGUUUCAUUUUCCAUUAUGUGGAAUAAUGGUUAAGGAUGUACUAAAGAAUUAGUUAAACCAGGGUUGUCACUAAGAUUUCAAGUUGCCGGGUAAAUACAACAAGUAGGCGGGGAAUCAAAGGGCUAGGGAUUUUUUUUGGUUCUAUUUUUCUUCUAUUUUUCAAUAAAAGUAGCCGGGGGCCACUCUCUUAGUAGCCGGAGAAAAUCCCCGGCCCCCGGCUCUAAAUGACAACCCUGAGUUAAUUUAACUAUUUUAACCAUUUCUCUAAGAGCCUGUUUACAUGGAGGUGGGGGGACCCAAGGCAGGGACCCGCCUGUCCAUAUAAUCUCUCAUUUUAAUUCGAUCACGUCUACAUGAUGGGUGGGGUGACCCGCCACAUGUUACCACACCUACCUGGAGUCCCCCACCUCCAUGUAAACAGGCCCUAAAUCAUGUGCUUCUCUUCAUUGAAAUUGCGCCCGCAGUAACAUUUUAAAUUCACUUUUCAAACACUACUAAGGACCUUUCAUUUGGUCAAAAGUCAGUAGUGAGCUCAGAAACUUGACAAGCCUCAAAACAUUCAAGAAACAUAUACGCGGUGUGGACCUUUCUAGGAACAAUAGUAACUGCUGUGACUUGUGUAAAUUCUGAGUCAUCUACAUUUGUAUAUAGUUUUAGGGUUUAGGUAAGAUCAUUAAUUUAAAAGUCAUGCAAUAGAUUAGUGCCAGUUCUUAGGAAAGUGUUCCCAAUUAGCUAAUAUAACUGUUGAGCUAAAUAUAUUGACAAUAAAAUAAAGUUAUUAUUAUUAUUAUUCUUAAACACUUAGAACUUUUAAGUACAUAUUUUUUGGCACAUACAUACGCAAGGGAGUGUUAGAGAUAUGUUAAGCCUAUAUUAUUCAGAUAAUUACAGGAUAAUUUGGUUGGCUAAAUUUCAUAGAAAUUGGUCAAAUAUUCGCAAAGUUAUGACUCUAUGAAGGAUUAAUUCAUAGCAAACCUUACACAACUCUAAUCAACAAUGUUUUUGUACAAAGUUACAUGUAAUAAGUAAAGCCAAGACAAGUAUCCUUUUAUCGUCAUUGUUAACACGUUUUACACGAAGGCUAUUGAUAAACCCACAUUCCUUUCUGUCCAGUUCAUUCUCGUAAGCCGCCGUUUUAUUUUCGUGCACAGUAAUUUUUAGGGAGUUAUUAUAACUCCAAAAAUGGAGUAAAAAUUUUAUGUACAGGAUAACCCCUUUUUGGGGGUUACUUUAACUCCUCAGUAUUAACUCCAGAUCUAGGGUGCUUUUUACUCCUGAAAAAGAGUUCUUUAAACUCCUUUUUGGAGUUAAAAUAACUCCGAAAAAAUAACUCCACUGUUAGGAGUUAAAUUAACCCCACUAGAGCAGUUAUUAUAACUCCUUGAAAAUUACUGUGUGCUAUUAAACUUCCGCUGUGACUGUAUUACGCUUGCAAAUGCGUGCAGCGAGGGUGCAGCAGGGAGUUCGUUUACUUUUUUACUUAGUGUAAUGGAUUCGGCUUUUGAGCUUUUGUGUUGUUGAUACAUCUUCAUGUUUUGAAGGCAAAACGAGACAAAUGUCCUUUCAGGAAUGUCAAUAAACUGAAUAGUUAUGUUUCCCAGUAGUUUCUUAGUUAAUACCAAAGAAGUCUGGAUUGUCCAAAAUCAAGCAUGUUUUAUCAGAAAUUAAAUAUCCUUGUUUCUGUUAAUACUCUUGUCUUUCGCAAAAUUUUUGUUAUUUUUUUCUCAUUCCGUUGUUUUUAAUGGGGUCAUAAUUCGUUCUAUAUUGUCUAAAUGUCAAGGUUUGUUCUGAUCUGAGCGGCUGACAGGUUUUCAGAGUCCGUUGAAGUUUAAUGAAUGUCAAGCCACUUGAAAAAAACAUGUAAAUUUUCAGCACAGGGCCACACAAUAUUUUAGGUUUAUCGGGAAAGUCACACUUUGAAUUUUUGCGGAAUGUAAAGCGUCCAAGUUUCCACGAAAGCAGCCACUGGAAGAAGCUAAUACCAACAGUAAUCACAGUUUUAUUUCGUUGUAGUUGUACAUGUAAUAAUUUUAAUGCAUGCUUGUAUUGCAAGCUCGUUAGCGCAGGUAAUUCCUUGUAACUAAUUGCUCGUUUACUUAAGUAGCUUUUUCUUUUUCUGCCGGUUUUACAUGCAUUAAGUUUAGCCGUAGGAUAAUUUGUAAACGGCUUGCUUAGGCAGUUCAUUGAGAUAGAUCAUUUGUGCAUCGUUACCCAAGCCUGUAUUCAAACAGAGUGUCGACUCUUGUCUUUUCCUGUGAAUGUGAGUACCAAUUAUGUUAUUUUACUUCUUUGAUUUCUUUUUUUGCCCUUUGCAGAAACUUCAAACCACAGAGAAGCAAUUGAAGGAAAGGAUUAAAACCAUCGCUGAUUUACAACACGAGUUAGAGAAGAUGAGAGAUCAUCUCAGCGAAGGAAGACAGGUUAGUUGCCAUAGCACCUAGACUUGAAUAUCCCGGAUGUUGUGCCUGAAUCAGAGCAAGUCUGACCACAUAGCGGAAGGUCAUAAUAUUACCAGAUUUUAUAAUUGUCUUAACAGGAGUCGAGCCUAUCGCCUUCUGGUUAUUACCUUUUUAUAGGAAAUUAACGCUUCACGAAUUCAAGUCGCGUUUAUUUCCUAAAACGUUAAUUUUCCCGCCGGUAAUAUGGAGCGUAGCCUCCCACCCAGGCGUUUUUAGGGGAGCUCGUAUUUCGUUCGUCCCCACAAACGCCUGCUCAACCGAGAACAACAUUCCUUUCCCAAGCUUAGCCAAUCACAUUGUACCUUCCAAAUUCUGGAAGGUUGACUUCGACCGCAGGGUAACCCGAUAUUAGUCGAUCUGCAUGAAACACUGGGACAGCUUUAUGACCUCUAGUAAAUGUUAGACUCAGAGCGACAAAAGCAAGAUUUAGUCAGAUUUUAGAAUAAUCCGUACACUGCAUAACCUUAGCGAUAGCCUGCCAGAGCAUCCGGUUUUGUCUGCUCUAGUUUCACUCGCCGAGAAAAACCUUCGGAGGGAGAGAAGCGACGACCGGAAAUACGUCUGCGGCUCGCAGGCUAACUUAGCGAAGGAACGAAAAGAAGGAAAUAGGUGACUCUAGGGUCACGCUUUUACACUACCACGAGAUUAUAAGUCGUGUUUAGCCUGUCAAAACUUUAUUUCACUAUAUUUCGAAACUGUUGAUUGGUCACUUACCGCGCAAAUAAAACAUGGGGAAAAAAAUGUUGUUCUCGGUAGAGCAGGCGUUUGUGGGGAGGGACGAAAUACUAGCUCCCCUAAAAACGCCUGCAUGGGAGACUAUGUGAAGUGUUGAUUUACGCGACCUUGAGAUUUCCAUUAUUUUGAAUACACUUCGGACAUUCUUCACACGUAGAAAAGAGGAGUGUUUUAUAAGGAUGGAGAUCCGCCAGUAACAGUAAAACUGCGAAGAACCCUCGAAGUGGCCAUAUUUCUUCGUUAGACUCCCUUCGUGCGUUAGGGAAAGUACCUCGAACAAAGUUUCCAUUUCAGAUUGUACGUUUAAGGCCCAGUUCAAAAGUCGAACUUUUCAUGUACCGAUUCUAAUCCCUUCCAUUAAGAACAUGAAGAGAUCGACAUUUGAAGCAAUUAAGUCCGACAUAUUUAAUUUGGGUGGACCCAUGAAUUAAGAUCGAGUGGCCCACGUGGGAUUUUCGACUGUAGAGCGACUACGUUUCAAACUUCAAACUUCGAAAUUUCAUGUGCCGAAACUAAUGCAUAAAUUACUGAAUUCAUUUCACUGCUAAGCAUUGUAGACCAUUGUACAUCGUGAAAGUGAAUUAAGUCCGACUAAUUAAGUUCGACGCCCGAAUUAAUCGUCGAAUUGUUGUCAUUUGGGUCGACCCAAAUAGGUAUUAAGUUUGGUACAUACAAAGUUCGACGUUUGAACUGGGCCUAACUUUGUUUCUGUUGUCUCAACAAGCAUCCCGAGCAUCCCGUUAAUUCUUUCCAUUUUGAACUGUUAUCCUCUCUUCCUCGUUAAUUUUCUUUAUUUCAAAGUCGUUUUCCUCUAAUGUCGCGUUAAUUUCCAGUACCAUAAUUUCAUGGAGCUUUAAUUACCUAAAAUAGGGUACUCCACAUGCUGUACAACUGAGCUUCAAGCAACUCGAGGACAAUAAGACCAUUGAGCUAGGUUCACUGAGGAACACCUUGUAGGUUGUGACAAUGUAACAUCGACCCAGGAGAGGUUUCGUGUCCAGCGGUUUUUAGUAAAAACAAGGGUUUGUGGGGGUUGCUCAGUCUUGAUUGCGGGCUCAAAAACCUCCCUUGGGUUGAUCUUAUUUUGUAUUUACCCACCUUGUAUACUUAAAUAAG